AUGACUUCUUCCAACCCCGACCAGCGCCUGGAGCAUCUCCUCAGCGCCGUGGAAAACGAGUUCCAGAAGGGCAGCGAGAAGGGCGACGCAUCCGAGCGGGAUAUUAAACUGACGCUGGACGAUGCAGACCUGUGGACCAAGUUCAAAGAGUUGACCAACGAGAUGAUUGUCACCAAGACUGGAAGGAGGAUGUUCCCGGUGCUCAGGGCCAGUGUCAGCGGCCUGGACCCAAACGCCAUGUACUCGGUGCUGCUGGAUUUCGUGGCCGCGGACAACAACCGGUGGAAGUACGUGAACGGGGAGUGGGUCCCCGGUGGUAAACCCGAGCCCCAGAGCCCCAGCUGCGUCUACAUCCACCCGGACUCCCCCAACUUCGGCGCCCACUGGAUGAAAGCGCCAGUCUCCUUCAGCAAAGUCAAACUCUCCAACAAACUCAAUGGAGGAGGACAGAUCAUGCUGAAUUCUCUGCACAAGUAUGAGCCGAGGAUACACAUUGUGAAGGUUGGCGGGAUCCAGAAGAUGAUCAGCAGCCAGUCUUUCCCCGAAACGCAGUUCAUCGCCGUCACCGCCUACCAGAACGAAGAGAUCACUGCUCUGAAGAUAAAGCACAAUCCAUUUGCGAAGGCCUUCCUGGACGCCAAAGAAAGGAGCGACCACAAAGACAUCCCCGAUCACGGCGCAGACAGUCAACAGUCUGGAUACUCUCAGCUUGGAGGAUGGUUCCUCCCGGGCCAGAGUCCCAUCUGCCCCAGCAGCAGCCCCCCUCAGUUCAGCAGCCCAGCAGCCCACUCAUCCGGCUCGUACUGCGAGCGCUACUCCAGCCUGAGGAGCCACAGAUCCGCCCCGUACCCCAGCCACUACCCCCACCGCACCUCCAGCACAAACAACUAUAUGGACAACACCUCCGGUUCUCUGCAGACUCACGACAGCUGGUCUGCUCUUCAGAUCCCCAACUCCACAGGCAUGGGAACUCUGUCCCACACCACUAACUCAACAUCCAAUUCCAGUCAGUACCCCAGCUUAUGGUCGGUGGCUGGCUCCACCCUCACCCCUUCAGGCUCGGCCUCAGGCUCCAUACCCGGUGGUCUGACCUCCCAGUUCCUGAGGGGCUCAUCCUACACAGGCCUGACCUCCGCGCUGCCCGUCGCCUCGCCUUCUUCCAUGUAUGAUCCAAGCCUGACUGAGGUCGGCGUCGGGGAGGCCCAGUUUGAGAGCUCCAUUGCCAGGCUGACUGCGUCUUGGGCACCAGUAGCUCAGAGCUACUGA